AACACCUGACAGAAGUGUAUAAACCAGUGUUGUGCUAGUUACUAAGAAAUAGUAACUACUUAGUUACUAGCAGAGAUGGGGGACUCGAGUCAUAUGACUUGACUCGAGUCGGACUUAAGUCGCAAAGUCGAGACUUGAGACUCGCUUGACAAAUAUUAAAAAAAGACUCGACUUGACUUUGACUUGACAUUCAUGACUUGAGACUUGACUCGGACUUGAGUUAAAUGACUCGAAAUAACUUGUUUUUCGUUUUUGUUUUAUCUUUUUUGUCUAUUUUGUUUUCGAAUCUGUUUUUAACGCACACAAGAGCGUAAUCUAACCACGUGACGCAGCAGACAAGCAGAGGGAGCGCGCGCACUAACUAAUAAACCUUAACAGUCGUGACGAAACAUGAAAGGCGCCACACCAAAAAUAAUUAAGUUCAGGUACCGGGAUUUUGUGCAAGAUGAGAAGAGAAGAACAGCAGAAUGUGACCACAUCGCUCACAAUGGAGUGAUAAAGUUCUAUCAAAUAAAAUUUUUUGUAAGCGCAAUGUAGUGUAAAUGUGGAAAUGUCAGCUGUUUUGCAAUAGCACUUAUAAUUGGUCUUCAGUGUUAGGCUUUGAGUGAAAAGCAUAUGGAUCGUUUAUGGGGAUGCACAUAUAUAUAUAUAAAACAUAAAUAUAAAUAUCCCUGAACUAUCCCUUUAAUUAAUAAAUUUCACUCACACCAAUCAUCUCUCUCUCUCUCUCUCUCUCUCUCUCUCUUCUGCCAUGUUUGAGGCAUAUUGAAACUUUUCAUGCUUUUAUGUUGGCCUUAUUUCAGUUACAUUUACAUCUUAUUCAUGGUUCCCACGCGUCCUGGAAAACCUGGAAAUCCUGGAAAAUGAAUGACCAAUAUUCCAGUCCUGGAAAACACAUGGAAAAUGAGAGAAAACAUAAAUUGUCCUGGAAAAAAUCUUGUCCUGGAAAAUUAUUAUUUUUAAAUAUUCUUGAUCAUUUAAAGAACAGUUUACAACUGGUCGAAACAAUUAGUAACAGAAAGCGCUCUGUUCAGGGACGCUGAGUUUUGACGGGUUUUUUGUUAUACUGUUUAAUCUCGCUGUGACGGAUGACACUGUCUUGUGUUGGUGGUUUCAGGUACUAAGAAUGGUUUAAGUGCUCAAAUGUUUUCAGCAAAUGGUGACGGGUAAGCAGGUUAUAUUAACCUUGUUAAUCUGAAUAUCAUGUGCAAGGGGAAUGCACAGCAAACUAAAGCAUGCAUGACGGCAUUGGUCUGAGAAAGGAGAGGGUAUUAAUAUGUGCCGUCUUUUUAUUUUAUAAAUGUUGAAAUUUCAUUCACACGACAAAUUGUCUUUAAAAGUAUAGUUAAGUAAUAGCCAUAAAGUGUACGUUGUUUUUAAGACUUCUGGAGAGAAGAACAUAUUACUUUAGGCCGCGAAUUUGUGAGCCUUGUCUUUUUUUUGCUAAAUUUGAAAUGUCCUGGAAAAGUCCUGGAAAAUGAUCUCUGAAAAAGAGCGGGAACCCUGUUAUUCUUUGUAGUUUUGAUUUUUAUGCAUUUUUAGAUUUUUAUUGUAUUUACAACUCACCUGUAUGUGGACACCUUUUAAAAAUAAAUGCAUAUAAUCAUUUUUGUUGCAAAUAAAACUCUCAUAGUCCAUAAAUACUGUAGAUUUAACUUUGUUUAAUAUAUACAUUUAGUUAAAUCAUCAAACAUAUGUUUGACUUGCCAGUGACUUGCUUGACUCAAGCUACGACUUGACUUGACUUGACUCUCACAAAAAAUGACUCGGACUUGCUUGAGACUUGAGACUUACUUGUGACUUGCACAUGUGUGACUUACUCCCACCUCUGGUUACUAGUUACUUCAUUCAAAAAGUAACUCAAUUACGUUGUUGAUUACUUUCACCAAAAAGUAACGCGUUCACAUACAUGAAUAAACGGAAACACGCCCACAGUGCGGCGUCUUCGUGUUUACAGGUUGGCAUCCACCAAUCCUACAAUGUGUCGCUGCUGUAAACAGGUCAGGCUGUAGGUUACACUUCAGUCUAAAUGGGUUCAUUUUAAAAAGUAACAGACAAACACACCGUAUGGUAACGGAGUUAAUUUAUUUAUAAAGUAACGUGUUAGUGUUAGUUACUGUCACGCUUUACUGCCCAACACUGGGUAUAACACACAUCACAGGCUUUGAUUUAAAUAAUCAAGUUAAUAAUGUAGAGCACUUAGACUGGCCGUGAGUGUGGUUAAUAAAUACUGGUGAAUAGGAGAGGAAAUGACCUUUAACGUGAUGUGGAUUCAUGCAGCAGUGAUCAUCAACUUAUUCAUGGCUUUAUGUCACAAGGGAACAAGUGGCUCAAGGCAGUUAAAAGCUUUAAAAGCUCUUACACACUAAAUGGCGUACGGAAACCAUGCAGAGACUGUAACAGUGCUGUCAUCAUUAAAACUGGGGUUUCUAUAAAAGGUUCCUCAAAAGGAAGCUUCUCACACAUAUACACACUCACAUACACACACACACAUACUGUA